GGAUAUUUUCACAACUGCAUAUGUAGUUACUUAUGCAUGAUGAUUUAGGUCGAUACUAAUUUUUUACAAUAUCGAUUAACUAAUAUUGCAGUUAUAUGGUUUCACUUGAAUAUCUGAAUAUUAAAUCAUAAUCACUUGCCAUCACAUUCAACAUGGAGCGUUGGCAGGGCAAAGUUGCUAUGGUAACUGGUGCUAGCAGUGGCAUCGGUGCUGCUUGUGCUAAGGCUUUGGUGUGUGCUGGAUUUGUUGUUGUUGGAUUAGCACGUCGCCAGGAACGGAUUGCGCUAUUGCAACAGGAAUUACCUACGCGAUUUCGCUCCAAUUUGCACGCCUACAAAUGUGACAUAACAAAGGAGGAGAGUGUGAACGAUGCUUUCAAGUGGACGCAGCAGAGGCUGGGCGCCGGUGUUGAUGUACUGGUGAAUAAUGCUGGUAUUAUAGCGACCACGGAGUUGAGUGCACGUCAGAAUACGAAUGAAAUACGCAACACCAUCGAUACGAAUCUGAUGGGUACGGUUUUUUGUACACGCGAGGCUUUCAAUUCAAUGCGUGAACGUGAUGUUGAAGGUCAUAUACUGAUCAUUAAUAGUGUGGCUGGUUUGCAAGUGCCGAAUUUGGGUCCAAACUUGCCAUCGCUCAAUAUAUAUCCUGCAACAAAGUUCGCUUUACGAGCUAUGAACGAAAUUUAUCGACAAGAAUUCCAACGACACAAGACUCGUGUACGAAUAACGACCAUCAGUCCAGGCAUUGUCGAUACCGACAUACUACCCACUUCUAUUCGCAACGUUGUCAAAGACAUGCUACCAAGCCUUACGUCGGAAGAUGUUGCCGAUGCUGUAUUAUGGGCGAUAAGCACACCACCAAAUGUACAGGUUCACAACAUCACCAUAAAGCCAAUGGGCGAAAAAUUUUAAUAAUUUGUAUAUUUAAACCGUGAACAGGGUAUAUUAAAUUUGCCAUGAAGGUUGUAAGACCCAGAAGGAAACGUCGGAGACUUUAUAAUAUACACAUAUAUCGAAAUGAUCAGUGUGACGAGUUGAGUCGAUUUAGUCAUGUCCGUCUGUGAGAUAUCGAUCUGAAAUUUUGCACACAUUAUUUUCUCGCCAAGAAAAUGCUCAUUUUUUGGAACCGGUCAUAUCGAUCCAUAUAGCUGUCAUACAAACUUAACGAUCAAAAUAAAUCUUUUUAAAAACUUUUUUAUUAGACAA